UAUGUUGUGGGAAGAAUUCCACAGCUACGUUUUCUUGAUUUCAAACGAAUAACGCAAGCCGAGCGUAAGCAAGCUCGAUCUUUUGUGAAACACCUUUCUCCUCUUGCCGUAGCAGAAGUAAAUAACAAAACUAAGACGAGCGCAGUUAAGACAUUUGUUCCUGGCGCUCCUGUUGGGUCGAAAGCCGCUGGUGAUGAUGGUUCUGAAGUUGCAAAACCUCCCCAACAGAAGCAUCCAACGAGCAGCCAACCCAGGGAAUUUCCGCAGGCCACCCUUCAUGCCGGUGUUAAGCGAGUUAUGUUGAGUGGUGGAAGUAAUCAGGACCUAAUGGCUAUCCAAGAUGCUAUUAAAAAAGCCAAAACGAUGGAUGAAGUUGAGCGUCUACAUCAAAUGCUCAGCAGUGGACAGUUUGCUGGAUUCGCAGCCCACUGGCACAAGCAGCAGAAGCACUAA